GUGAAUUAGAUUUUUGUUUCAUCUAAUUGGAUCUUUUUAUUUUCUCAGGUAAACAAUUCCAUAUGGAGAGGAAAUUAACUCGUCGAAACGACAUAUUCGGCCGGUAUUUGUAUUUGGCUGGCGGAUUAUUGUUGGUUCAAUUAUUGGGUUCUUGGGAGGAGCAGUUGGGAGUAUUGGAGGAGGUGGUGGGGGUGGAAUUUUUGUUCCCAUGCUUAUCCAUAUCAUAGGAUUUGAUCCAAAAUCGUCGGCUCCAAUAUCAAAAUGCAUGGGUACAGGUGGAGCUCUCGCAACCGUGUACUACAACCUCAAGCGAAGGCAUCCAACACUUGAUAUGCCUAUAAUGGAUUACAACUUGGCACUUCUCAUCCAGCCAAUGCUCAUGCUUGGGAUCAGCAUAGGAGUAUCUUUACGCUUGGUAUUUCCUGAUUGGAUAGUCACGAUCCUCCUAUUUAUUCUUGUUAUAGGCCCAUUAACCUUGGCCAUUUUAAAUGGUAGAGCAACAUGGAAAAAGGAAACUAUAUUGAAGAAGGAUGGUGUUAAGUGUUUGGAGUAUGGUACUGCUGGAGAAGAAUCGAGUAACAAAUCAGUAUCGAGCAGUGCAAGUUGUGGCACUUCAAUGAAGACAAAUUCAGUGGUUCCUUUUUUUGCAAAUGAACGUAUUGGUAGUGAAGGAAUGAACCAAAAUUCUUUUCCAAGUUGUCCUAGCAAUGGCUCUGAAAAGGAGGCAAAUCCAUCUAAACAAGUUGAGGUUCCCAUCUUUAAAAAUAGUUAUUGGAGGGAAAUUGUCUAUCUUGUUUUCAUCUGGGUUUCAUUCCUUCUUCUGCAGAUUGCUAAGAGCCAAACAACAACCUGUUCAGUGUUAUACUGGGUUCUGUCCUCAAUGCAGAUCCCAAUUUCAGUUGGAGGGUCUUUGUAUCAGGCAGUUAACUUGUAUAAGGGAGUUAAGGUGAUUCCUUCUAUGGGAGUGAGAGGCACGGCAUUCAAAAAGCAUCAGUUAAUAUUAUAUUGUUUAAUUGGCUUACUUGCUGGUAUGGUUGGUGAGCUUCUUCGUCUCGGUGCUGGAUUCAUUUUGGUUCCUUUCUUCUUGGAGCUUGGCAUUGUUCCUCAGGUCUCUAGUGCUACAUCUACUUUUGUCGUGACGUUCUCUGCAUCCAUGUCUGCUAUUGAAUUUUACUAUUUAAGGCCUUUCCCAAUCCCUUAUGCACUGUACUUUCUCGCUGUGGCAGGUAUUGGUGGGUUUGUAGGCCAGAUUAUAGGAAGAAAGAUGGUCACAUUAUUUAGGAGGCCAUCUAUCAUCAUCUUCGUCGUUGUUUUCACCAUCUCUGUGACCGUAAUCUUACUAGGUGGUAUUGGAAUAGCGAACAUGACUGAGAAGAUUGUGCUAAAACCGUACUUGGGAUUUCAGAACUUGUGCCGAAAACAUACUUAGUACUUAUUCAUGUAAUAUAUAUCUCCUCUAAGACAAUUGUAUACGUUUGGGUUAAAAAACGUGAUCUGUGGUUUUGGUUCUAGCAGUUGUGUCUAGGGCUGCACAACGGUAGGGUGGGUAGGAUAUGGCCUAUACCCGCCACCCUACCCGUUUACUGGCGGAUAAGAAAAAUUUUACCCGCCAUUAAACGGGUAAGAUCCUACCCAACCCGUUCUCUGGCGGGUAGGGUAGGGUGGCGGGUAUAACCGUCUAUAUCACCUGCAAUACAAAAUUAAUACUGUGUAUUCUCAAGAAAAGCAUAAUUCCAUGUUUACAGAUGGCUAACCAUAAAAAAUGUACAAACAAAAGUAUUCUCAAGAAAA